AUGAAGCUGCUGGACGAGCAAGUGUUGCCGCCCACAGACGCCACGUGGGCCGAUCAACUCAUUGACUCACUCACCGGCGACUUGACGAGUAAGCUGGGCUCGGAGGGCGUGCUACUGUUCCCGUCCGCGCCCGCGGUGGCCCCCUACCACUACUCGCUGUUGCUGCGCCCCUACAACUUCGCCUACUGGGGCGUUUUCAACGCUAUCAAAUUUCCAGCCGCUCAGGUCCCAUUGGGAUUGAACAGCGAUGGUUUGCCGGUGGGGAUACAGGUGGUGGCCGCUCCCGAAAAUGACGCCCUCGCACUCGCCGUCGCGGAACAUCUCGGCAAACUAUUCGGUGGAUUUGUGCCGCCUUGUAAAGUGUUAGACUAGUUCUAUAUUCUGUGAUAUGUGGCAUUAUAAAUAUUACUUAGGGUUAAGCUGAAUUUGUACUCACGAAACAUUAAACAACAUUUGAAUUCUU